AUGUACAAUGGAACCACUGAAGAAGUGAAGAGGAUAGUCUCCAUACUCAAUAAAGGUCAGGUGCCGUCCCCAGAUGUUGUUGAGGUUGUGAUAAGCCCACCAUUUGUGUAUCUUCCACUGGUGAAAAGUCUGUUGAGGCCUGAUUUUCAAAUUGCAGCACAAAAUUGUUGGGUCCAGAAAGGAGGUGCUUUCAACAGUGAAGUUAGGUACACUUACAUUUGCUAUUUCAAUUUUUUCCAGUUUUCGGAAAUCAGUUUAUUUGUUCUCAUUGAUUUACUGUGCAGAAUGCUUGUGAUUCUGGAUAUUCUUUGGGUCAUUCUUGGCCAUUCUGAAAGGAGACUUAUCUUAAACGAGUCUAAUGAGUUUGUCGGGGAUAAGGUUGCAUACACGCUUUCUCAAGGUUUGAAGGUGAUAGCUUGUGUGGGUGAGACACUGGAGUGGCGAGAAUCAGGAUCCACCAUGGAAGUUGUUGCUGCACAAACUAAAGCUAUUGCUGUCAAUGCAACCAACUGCAAGGAGUUGGCAGCUCAGCCGGAUGUUGAUGGCUUUUUGCUUGGUAGAGCCUCACUAAAGCUGGAGUUCAUUGAAAUCAUCGAGUCUGCAGAGUCAUUCAAGGUCGAGGAACUCUUGAAGGCUGCAAUCCGUGAACUUUUCGAUCAAGGAAAGCAACCUCAAGAAAAGGAAACACUGUCUAGUGACGACCUCAAAGCCAAAAUCAAAGACUAUCUCCGAGAAAGGAGAUGCCUUCCAGUUUUAGAUGAUGAGGCUUGGGAGGAUAUUUAG